AUGCAGGAACAGAAGAUUGACAGAGGAAUGCUAAAUUUUCCAUAUUCGCAUUCUCCUGAACAGAAAACAACUGGCCGACCAACAACACUCUCCGGAAAAGAAGAUGGAAUAGUGACAGGGGGUGUCACCGAAAAAUGGACCAUGCCACAAGAAGAACAAGAGUUCCUACCAGUGGAAAAGGACAAGAAUCAUUCGAAGGAACCUCUACACCGACACAUCCGCCGUUUCCGGAUGCAUGAAUGA